CUCCUGCACAAAAACACUAUCAUUGUGUUUCUGUCUUCAGCACAAGUGAGGCAGGACUGUACAUUAAGUAUGCAGAUACAUGAAAAGCGCAUUGAUUAAAGAAUACAGAGUGGAGGAAACUCAUCACAGAAGCGAAAUCAUUAGUUUGCCAAAAGAAUAGGAGCGAAUCAUUGGUCCAACCAUGUGUACGCAGGCGACAACAAAGCAAGGAAAAUGCCAUCGAUUAGAUUACACCAAUAGCGCGUAGAUACUUGAUUAAGAGGGAGACGAGCUGUUAGAACUAAUAAAUGUGUCCCUUCUUCCUCCCUUUCAGCCAGAUCUGGGGAAGGACCAAACAUGGCGAUUCUGCAUAAAACUCAGCUGCUUUCAUUAAGAUCGAUCCUUUUACUUCAGAUUUUAUCUUCAUUUCCUUGUACACCGUGCCAAGGAAACAGGCCACCUUACAUGACUUCGGACCUCAAAGAAGUCUCUGGCAAGUCAUUCGAUUACAUUAUUGUCGGGGGAGGAACUGCAGGAUGUCCUCUAGCCGCGACUCUCUCUGAGAAAUUCUCGGUACUGUUGGUCGAGCGUGGUGGAUCGCCUUACGGGAACCCCCUGGUCAUGGAUAGGAAAUACUAUGGUUUCUCGCUGCUCAAUACCGAUGAGUAUUCGUCGGUGGCACAGAGCUUCAUCUCCACAGAAGGGGUUCCAAAUCACAGAGGACGGGUACUAGGAGGAUCCUCCGCGAUUAAUGGUGGUUUCUUCAGCAGAGCAAAUGCUGAUUUUGUCAAAAGAGUCGGAUGGGACGUAGAGCAAGUAGAGGAUGCAUACAGAUGGGUGGAGUCGAGAGUGGUUUUCCAGCCGGAGUUGACCCCAUGGCAGUUUGUCGCCGAGUUCGGAUUCCUUGAAGCGGGAAUUUUCCCGUAUAACGGCUAUACGCUGGAACAUCUCGAAGGAACAAAGAUUGGAGGAAGCGUGUUCGAUAAUUACGGAACCAGACAUACAUCGGCCGAUCUCCUUGAGGCAGGGCAUACAGAAAACUUGACCGUGCUCUUAAAUUCAACCGUGAGGAAUCUCCUCUUCUGCAAUCAAAGUGAUAACAAUGAGACCCGGGGGAUGGAUUGUGGCAUUGCGUUCAUCAAGAGCGAUGGGAGCUUGGAAGAAUCAUACGAAGCUUACCUCAAUCGCGCAAAUGAUUCGACAUUGUUCAGUGAAGUCAUUUUAGCUGCAGGUUCACUAGGGAGUCCCCAAAUCCUGUUACUUAGCGGAAUCGGUCCUCCUAAGCAUCUCAAGAAGUUCAACAUCUCGUUACUGAGUGGCCUCAGGGGAGUGGGACGGGGAAUGCAAGAUAAUCCGUGCGUUGCGCUCCUCGCAGAUGCCAAACCACAGAAUCGGCUGCCCGAGCCGCCCGUAGUUGCUGGCAUAGCCCAUGAUCUCAAAUUCAUCAUCGAAGCGGGAAUCCUCCCCGUAAGUCACAACUCGACGAGGAUGCCGGUUGCUGUCAAGUAUGCCUUCCCAGCAUCAAGAGGGAGGCUGAAACUGAACAGCACGGACCCGAGGAAGAACCCUACAGUGACAUUCAACUACCUGUCCAAGGAAGAGGACAUGAAGGCAUGCACAGAGAUGGCGCAGCUGCUCCAGAGAGUCGUGAGGUCUCAGGCCGUCUCUGUUUUCCUGGGGGUCGAACACAAGGAAGAAGAAUUGUCGGGAGGAGAAGAGCUCGCGAAGUACUGCAAGCAGAACGUGCGGACAUUCUACCACUACCACGGCGGUUGCGGGGUGGGUUCGGUGGUCGAUGAGGAGUACAGAGUCUACGGCGUGACGGGAUUGAGGGUGGUAGACGGGUCGACAUUCCUGGAAUCGCCCGGGACAAAUCCAAUGGCUACGCUAAUGAUGUUAGGAAGAUACCAGGGCAUCAGAAUUCUAAGAGAAAGAGGACAUUUGGGUGCCUCCACCACCCUAGAUCAUCCCUAGCAAACUCUCUAUGCGCAAUUAAUCCCAUGUCAAGUUGACAACUUUAUGUAACUUUCUUGAUGCAAAAUCUUGAUCUGAAGGUGCA